AUGUCGCCUCAAACCUUCUCCAAUAUUCGUAAGGUGGCCAUCAUUGGGGCGGGCGCAGGCGGAUUGACAGCAGCAAAAUAUCUGCUGGCAGAGCGGUACUUUGACAGAAUUGACAUAUUCGAGCAACGCGAUCGUGUGGGCGGCGUUUGGAACUAUUCUCCUGCCAGCGACAAGGCCCGGAUAUCGAUCCCAGUUCCUCAAGAGAAUGCGAACCCACCGGUCGAGGAACCCAUUUGGCAUCCGCGAGGAUCGCAAGAUCCGGCCGGGACGUCCGGAUGCGUUGCAACAUUUAUUUCCCCGCUUUAUGACGGCCUGGAGACCAAUAUCCCACGCACCUUGAUGCAGUAUACAGAUCUACCUUUCGCCCAAGAUACCCAGCUUUUUCCAAAGUUCGAGACUGUCCUCAACUAUCUUGAAAAGUAUAGUCAAGAACUGCAGCAUUUAAUACAGUUCCACGUUCAGGUUGUCGAUGUUCGACUGAAGGAUAAAGAUCCUGAUUCCUGGGCAGUUACUAGGAAAGACCUCCAAUCUGGAGUGUUACAAACAGAUACUUAUGACGCGGUUGUGGUUGCAAAUGGUCAUUAUAAUGUACCCUAUGUUCCUUCAAUUUCUGGCAUACCAACCUGGAACGAUGCGUACCCAGGUAUCAUAUCUCACUCCAAGACAUAUUGCUCCUCGGAACCCUUCCGGAAUAAGAAAGUCAUUGUCGUGGGGAAUUCGGCAUCUGGAAUUGACAUUGGCGCCCAGAUUAGCAAAACCUGUUCCGCACCUCUACUUUCAUCCUCAAGAUCCGAGUCUUAUUUCACAACCAAAGCCACAGACGAUAGAAAGGAAUACCCCCCAAUUGCAGAAUUCCUGCCUCCUGGGGAAUAUGAUCGAGCCGUGCGAUUUGUCAACGGUACCAUAGAGGAGCAUAUUGACGCGAUUGUUUUUUGCACUGGAUAUCUCUAUUCGUUUCCGUUUCUUUCGACUUUGAAGCCUCCAGUGGUCGAAGACGGAAGCAGGACACUUCACGUGUACGAGCACUUGUUUUAUAUCGAGCACCCCACCCUUGUGUUUCCAAUUUUGAAUCAAAAGGUCAUCCCAUUCCCAAUCGCCGAAGCUCAAAGCGCCGUUUUUGCGCGAGUUCUAGCAGGGAGACUGACUCUGCCGUCCAAAGAGACCAUGUAUUCGUGGGAAGAACGCAAUGAGGCUGUACGUGGCUCAGGCAAAAGUUUCCACGUUCUAGCAUAUCCGCUUGAUGCAGAUUAUCUCAACUUUCUCCAUAAUUGGGCCGCCACUGCAGAAAGACGACCGGGCCUUGCCCAGGACGGACAGGGCAAAGAAGGCCCAUGCUGGGGAGAGAAGGAGAAAUGGUUGAGGUCACGCUUUACACAGAUCAAGCAAGCAUUUGCAGCACAGGGAGAGAAAAAGCAGUCCUGUUACCUUCCGGAAGACCUAGGCUUUGAUUUUGAGGCUUGGAAGAGGGAUCAAAGGCAAAACUAG